AUGACCCACAGGAGUUCCUCAUUAAACUGUGAAAAGAUAAUUGAACUACUGACUUCACAUCUAACAUCAUCCAAAAACCUACACUUGCUAUGUUUGUUCGGUAUUGAAGGAAUUCUAAAGGAGGAUGUCAUCUCAUCAGAUGUGGCUCUUAGUCUGCUCAGUUCUCACCUUACAUCAUUGCAAGAUAGUCAGGAUAAAGCAGUCAGGGCAAAGUCACUCAAGAUUUUACGGCAGUUGGAGAGGCUUGAAGCAGACACUAGUCUAGAUCAGCCAUUGAUGCCUGAGGGGCAGCUCAAGCCCCAGUCAGUAUUUGAAGCUGCUGGUCAGGAUAUACCAGAACCCUUAGUUAACACAACUUCAAUGAAAGCUGCUGUUUCAAGAGAAACACCCUCUGCUAUAAUAGUUGGCAACUCAAAAACAUCUGGUGGUUCUUUGUUCAGCGGUAUGACUGUAGCAGCCAUGCCCCAAGUAAGUCCUGAAGAUCAGGUAUCAACAGGGAUGUCUUCAAGUGCUUCCUGUAGGACCAAGGAUUCUGAAGGAAAUCCAGUUUCCGAUUUGUUGAUAGACAACCAGUUCAUGUCAGAAUCAGGCUCAUCAGAAGCAAACCUACUUCUUCCAGAUGCUAAGGCAAAUUUAGUAUCAAAUCAUGAAACACAUGGAGACAGUACUCUGAUGAGUUCACCUGUAACCCAUGGUGUCAUUCCUGUAAACCCUGUAGGAGCAUCAGAAUAUCAAGACGUUGUUCAUCGAGAGGCAACUCAGCACAGAAGUGUGGAUCCCAUAAUGUCCAGAGAAGCAGGAUUUGCAGACCUCUGGAAAACAGUGUCCCCAAAGAAAGCGUCUUCUCACCCAAAGUCUUCAUCAGAACAAGUUCUUUCAAAGCUCAGUACUGUAAACCCUCAAGUCGAUAUGCCUUCCCAAAGACAUCCCAGCGGUGCAUUUCAACAACCAGUCAUGACUGCCCAGCAUAUUUCUCAGAUGUACCCACAGUUGUCAUCUGUCAUGUUGAGUGGGACUACCUCGGUGCCAAUCAAUCUUGCCAAGAAGCCAACGACAGGGUUUGGAUUCGUUGUGGACACUGAUGAUGAUGAGCAGCAGAAAGCUGGAACAAGUAGAGAUGCCUUUAGUUUCAUCCAAGAUGCAAUAAAAAAUAGUAAAUCAUGAUAAGAAGGAAAUAACCUUCCAGAAUGGUAUUUCAUGGCAACGUUUCUACCAGUACAGAUUAUGGAUAUUGUUCUAAGCUUUUUGCAUGGGUGUAAGGAGCCUGUUACAUAUAACUAGUUAAUCAAAUGCGUUUCCCCUAAUGAAAUACAACUCGACAACCGGCCAAGUGAAUCCAUUUGUUUAUAAAUGCGUUUAAUUCCAAGAAUUACCUUUAAUCAAAAUAUUCUGUUCUACUGUAUACUAAGAUUUUUCAUGUUUUUUUGAGAAAAUAUCAAAUUUGUGUCAUUCAAAAUCAUACCUGUUGAAAGUAAACGCAUAAUUAUUUAAACCAAAUUCAAUUUGAUAUAAAACUUUAAAUCCGAGAUUCUGAAUGGUCCUUUUAUUCAGAUAAUUUUUCAAUCAUUGAUUGAUCUAAAUUAAUAUGACUUUUGAUACAUUAUUGGCUUUGUUUUCAUAAAUAGCUGUUAAUUUGAAAUUCUAGUUCCCAUUUAAGUCAUUCAAGUAAUUAAAGGAUGAAUAUUAUGCACAUCUAUAAAUAAAGUUUAUCUUAUGGCCAUAAACUGUUUUGUGUAAAGUGCACCCCCCCCCCCAAAAAAAAAAAAAGAGAGAAUUAUUGAAUAGUUUUAUCCUGACUUAAUCACAAAUAUAAUUAACAAAUGACAUAUAAUUGAGAAGCUAAGACUCUCUGCUGCUUUUCAUGUGAUACAUAUUUUUAGAAAAACAAUUUUGAAGAAAGGAUACCAAAAAGUCAUUUGAUGGAUGGUAAACGAAUUUAGAUAACAAUAUCACAUAUCUCAAAACCUCCAAUUAAUAUCCAUAUCCAUUUUAUAAAACAAAGACGUUUUACAGGCUGGCUGUCGGACUUCAUUGCGUAGUCCUCUUUAUUAUUAUUAUUACUAGUAUAUCAUAUGGUAAUAUCCAUAAUAUAUAUAACUUUUCAACAAAAAGGGAAACACGCAUAUUUCUUAUUUGAUAGAACUUACUCAGGUUUUUACUUAUAGUUUAUUUUUAGAGGGGAUAAGUAAUUGAAUACAUUCUAGCUAACAGAAAAAACUUCAGAAGUAGAUUUUUUUGCAAAAUCAUAAUUUUGCACUCAUUUAUAGAGCACAGAAACUAAGCCCUUCCAUCAAUAGAUGUAUUACAAAAGCUCCUGAUAUUAUUCCCAAUUAAUAGAAUUGUUUGCUUGCUUGGGCUAUAACCUGUCUUUCUAAGAAUCUUUGAUGCUAUAUUUGAGAGUUGUUUGCCUCAAGAGCUUAAGCCCUUGAUUUGCGAAUAUCCAUCUGUGUUAAUUUUUGACAAGUGCAAUAAAGUAUAAAGUCAACUA